AUGCCGGGGCUUCUGACUGCUCCUCAAAGCAGCCCAUCGAGGCCGCCAAAGGCCUCGCUGUCUCCCGUGUGGACGAUCGACGAUCUGGCAGAGGCUGACUUCGACUGGACAAUCAUCGAUGGACAAGUGCUUGCCAUUGACGGAUUUAUCCCAUCACAUCCGGGUGGGCGACUGAUUUUGUCGGCGGUCGGCCGGGAAGCCACUGACCUCUUUCGCGCCCACCAUGCUUCGCAGGCUGCUGAAGCCGCUCUUGAGAAGUGGUCCGUGGGACGUUUCGCGGCACAGAAGCCACGCAAAUCACUCAAGGUGCACGGUCUUCGAGCUGAGCUCAACAGGCGAGUUUCCCAGCAUCUUAGAAAGCCGCAGACGCCGCUAGCGGAGGCUGUGGCAGCGUCGAUGCUGCUGCUGUUCUUCUUCUGGGCCUUCCUGGUGUAUGUGCAGGGCUACUUCUGGCUGAACUUGCUUAGCGGCUGGUUCUGGUGGCGGCACCUGGACGCCGCUUUGCACAGCGUUGCCCAUGGAGAUUUCAGAUAUUCACCUUGGCUGCAGCAUCAACUGCUCCGCAUCUACGGGGUGCUCUGUCACCACAUGCUGGACCAUUAUCAAGGAGGCUCGCAAUCGAUCUCGCAACACUUGGAGCAUCAUCUGCACACGAACGAUUUCCGACGUGACCCUGACUGGACCUUUUUUGCUGUCGGCCGCAACUGGAUUCGUCGACAUCCAUGCAAUCCGUGGCAGCCGUACAACGCCUGGCAGACUCUGUACUGGCUGCCGGUCAAGUGUAUCUUGGAGCCAGUCUCAGAGAUCUUCACCAUGCUAUCUACCUGCAUGAACGGGGCUUCGCAGGUCCUGGAGGCGCCCGCAGGUGCCGAGAAGUUCUUGGACCGUUGCAAGGAUUUAAUGUCCUGGUGGGUGGAGGCUUUGAUAAGCCCGGGCUACCAGGGUGCCGCAUUCUUCUUCCAGCCUUUUGGACACGCCCUGGCAGCGUUGCUGCUCAGCAGAGCUGUCACGAAACUGGUGCUGCUCCCAUUUGCCGAGGUUCAGCACUUUCUGAUGCCUGAUACUCCGGGCGACGAUGAGGAGUUUGUGGUGCGUCAGCUCGCAACAACUGCAAACCUUCGCUUCACAAGCAGCUUCGCGAGUCUCCUGGAUUUCCUGAUGUUUCAUGGAGACAGCUUGCAGGUCGAGCACCACUUGUGGCCGGCGAUGAGCUUUGUUGAGCUGCGGGAGGCAUCCAGGAUUGUCAAGGUGGCUUGUGCGGAGCUGGGUCUGCCGUACCAAGAGAUCGGCUACUUCGAAGCUUUCCACAAGGUUUGGAGGCAAGUGCGCGACCACGCCAUCCAGCCUGAAUGA